CCAUCAGCAUCCUCUUUAAUGUCACUCUGAUAUGUAUCAUAUCAAAGAGCCUCUUACUUGAUGAUAUUUAUUGUUUCAUGAUGAUGUAUGGUGGUAAUGUGAACAAACAUUGCCCCUGGUCAUGUGAACUUAUCUAACUUCAUAUUGUGUGGAAAUAAUACAAUACGCUGAAAUUGAAAAGUGAAUGCAGAUACUUCGCAUACCAUAUCUGCAGUUGUGUUGUUGGAUAAGACAAAAUUACCUUAUGAAUUUGUGCACUUUUAUCAAGUUGUAUGUGUGAAAUUGCAAGAUGCAAUGGUGGUGAUGUUUAAGACUUGUUUCUAUAGUAAAGUACCGUUUAGUGAAGCUUAUUCUAGACAUUACAUACAGAAUGGGAUGAGAUGUUAGGACUUAAAGAAAGCAGUGCUCUCGCUGGUGGAUUUAUAAUGUCCCAGUUCCGUAGGAGUUUGAAGGCCUUGGUAAAGUACCUACCCAGCGGAAUACCUCUGACUACCAGACGCAAGCAGUCCGUAAAGGCCCAGAAGAUCAGCAAUCCAAAGCCUGUGGAGGUGUACUUGGCCACAAGUGAAUACCGGAGACAAGAGAAAGGGGAGGUCAGCCUGCAGGUCGGCAUGGAGGUGGAGGUCGUCGAGAAAACUCUCACAGGUUGGUGGUUCGUGAACGUGGAUGAUGAGCAGGGCUGGGUACCUAGCACGUGUCUUGCACGCGGGGAUGGGGUCAAGGAAGACACCACUGAGAGACUGCCCCCAGGCCAAGAGGAGCAGUAUCUGUGUACAGAAGAGUUCAAGGCCCAGAGCGCAGAUGAGCUGUCCAUGGAGAGAGGGGCUGUUGUUGAUGUGGUGGAGAAAAAUUUUGAGGGAUGGUGGAUUGUUCGAUAUGGGGGUCAAGAGGGUUACGUGCCGGCCACCUACCUGAUCAAGGCGGAGUCAUUCAAGGUACAUCGCAAGGGUGGAUCCCUACACAGGCCUGGUAAGGGAGGCUCAACACCACAGACCACCCAGGGGCCUCAGAGUUCAACACCACAGCUCACCCAGGGACCUCAGAUUGUGAAGUCACUGCAUGAGAUCAGUGACCUGCUCAAGGGUGACAGACCUCCCUCCUCCAUUAUUAGCUCUACACUGGCCCCGGCAACCACAGACCAGGACCCUACGGAGGAGUACAUCUACCAUGACGACACCUUUGAUGACGAUUAUGCUGUCCCUGAUGAGGACAAGAUCUACACCAUACAGGAGCUGAGCCAGAUACUGAAGGAUGACCGGCGUGGGUCGGCCCAGACGGAGGAGGUGUAUGAGAGCAUCAGGAACCUCAAGUCACGCUCCCUGCAGAGAUGUGGCUCCUCACGACCGCCUCCCAGACCUGCCAACGGGCCGAGCCCAGGCGGGGUGUACCCAAAGAGUGAGAGACCAGUGUUGAAGAGACAGCCCACAGAGCUGAGAGAGUACAUCACGGUAGCCCCCUUCUCAGACCCUGUAGGUGACGGCAUCAGCUUUGAACAGGGGCAGAUUGUAAAGGUGCUUGAGAAGAGUGAGAAUGGUUGGUGGUUCAUCAGUAUCGAGGGGACUGAGGGCUGGGCACCGGCCACAUACAUUGAGGAGGUCACACCCAUCACUGACAAACCACGGGCUCCUUCACCCGCACGCAAUAUCCAGGAGUCCAACAGCCUGCCGGCAGAGAGUGCUGCCGACCAAGACCCAUCUUCCCGGCGCCUGUCUGCAGUGGAAACUCUGGGGGGCCUAGCCAAUGCCCUCAAGUCUAAAAUACAGAGCAAGGGUAACAAGUCCCCACCCACUCCUCCAAAGAAAGACUUCCUUAAUGUGGAGUCGGAUAGCCAGCCUAGUCCGGGCAGAGUGAAACCUCAACCAGUCCUGCCUGUAGUCUCCAAGGCCACCAAGAUAGUGCUGAUAUCUCCUUCUGAGAGACCAGUGUCAUCCAUAUCUGGUAAACCUGGAGUCAAGAGCCUUCCGGACCGAAGCAUUUCUCCUACUGAGAGACCAGUGUCGUCCAUAUCCGGUAAACUUGUUAUCAAGAGUCAUCCGGACCGGAGCAUGCAGCCUCCACCGCCCCCUCCUCCAGUAAAGCACACAUCAGAGCAAAAACCUGUACCAGUACCUCCAGCUAAACCACAGUCCAAUUUGUCUUCCCCGCCGCAAAAAGACUGUGCCCCAACAAACGCACAAGUAUCCUCCAACAGAGAUCAGAAAGUGGCCACCCUGGCCGCACCCUCAAGGCAAGCCUUAGGGGUAAAACCAGCCCCUCCCCCAGCAGAGCGGAAACCACAGGUAGAAGAAAAAUCAGCAGGUGUGAAACCACCUCUGCCUGCCAAAAUGAAACCACAUGGAGAAGACAAAACAGCAGGUUUGAAACCAUCUUUACCUAUAAAUAAACCGGUUUUAGAAGUGGCAAGACAAUCUGCAGCAAUUCAAGAUAGUGGAGUUGGGAGGAAAUCUGGCCUGUCCCGAGACAGCGAUAGUGUGGUAGACCAGGCGCAAAUUAACUUUUCCCAGUUAGCAGAUGCUUUAAAAGCAAAGCUUGAAACCAAAAGAGAAUCUGUAGGGCAAGAUACUUCAGUAAAACCAACUCCUCCUGUUCUGACUAAAAAGCCUCCUGGAUUUGGGGUGAAAUCUUCUGAAUUUGGGACUAAAACUCCAAUAUCAAAGUCAAACAUACAAAUCAGUAGAAGUUGUGAAAAUUUGGUUGAAAAUGAAGUGUCAUCCGCAUCAGAAAACGAUCUGGCAAAUGUUCUAAAGGCAAGGUUUGAGAAACGCCAACAAGCUGGUGAUGUUUCUGCAUCUAAUCCUCUACCUGACCCAAACAAUACUAAAGACAUUUCACCAGCAAAGGCAGUACUAAAACCAACCAGCAAACCAGCUCGGCCUAUCACCCCUCCAACUCCAAAAAAAGGGGACGCUAUGGAGAGACCCAGACCUGGGAUCCCUGCAGGGAAAAAGACAUACGACCCACAGAAGUAUUCAACCCGACCACUUCCCCCUUCACCCAAUGCCCCAGUACUGGAAUCCAGUAAGCCACGCCCUUCAGUACCCUUGAAACCUGCGUCCAAACCUCUUUUGAACGUGUCAAGCGAGACAGCAUCAGAAAAUGAGGGAAAAGUGGGAUCGUAUUUUCUGAAUGCCCUCAAAAAUAGACUGGGGGAACAGAACAAUUAUAUCACACCAACUGAACAUGUAAGCAAUGCACAAACAGUUGAGACACCAAAAAUUGAGGUGUCAGAUGUUCGGAAUAAUAAUUCUGUGGUGAAACGAGACUCCAAGGAGUUGACUUACAUGGCGAUUGCCAACUAUGAUGGGUCUAGCCCUGGAGAAAUGCAGCUGGUUGUGGGCGAACAUUAUGAGCUGUUAGACACGUCCAAUGGUUGGUGGUUAGUGUCAAGCAGGGGGAGCGAAGGCUGGGCGCCAGAGACCUACCUGGAGCCGGUUGCGUCUGCUGUGACGUCUGUACAAAAUGUGGGAAACAAAGGACAAGCAAUCGAUGGGGGUCGCCUUACGUCUGUACAAAAUGUGGGAAACAAAGAACAAUCAAUGGAAGAGGAUGGCUGCUCUGUGAAAGGGAAAAAAGAGUUGAGGAUUUGCUCCGAUUUUCAGGCAGAGAAUGAUGGAGAACUGAGUGUGUUUAGUGGGGAGGUUGUGCAGAUCAUGGAGGACGCAGACAACGGAUGGUGUUUCGUGCAGACGGCAAACGGGGACGGCUGGGUGCCGACGGCAUACAUCACCAGCGAAUGAAGGGUACCAGCCUAAAUAUAUGUGUGUGUGUGAAGGAGUGUAACCAGACAGUAUGGGACGGAUGCAAUAUACCAAGAAUCAUGAAUGUAAAGGUAAUAAAUUGUGGAAUUAUCUUUAAGUCGGUCUCCGCACUAAUAGAAAAUCGAGAUCUGUAUAUGGAAAUUGCAUUUUUGUUAUGGCUUUCAAAUAUGUUUAAACCUAUUUUUGUAUAUUGUUUUAUAAUUAAUUUAACAAUCACUAUUUUUAUGUUGUACUUUAAUUGUAUGAUAUAUUAAUCCUUGCAAUAAAGACUUCAAUGCUUUUGUAGCGUCCCAUUUUUGUAUAUUGUGUUCAGACAUUCCAUAUUCUAUUAGUCAAACAUUGGAUAUCGAUCCUUACAUUAUUAAAAGUCCAAUUGAAAGUACCUGAAUGUUAAAAUGUGUUGUUUAAUUUAAAAUUAGUAUAGUUUAGUUUUUCAAUACACUUUAUCAGAUGUUUAGUUUUAUUUAACAGGUUCUGCUUUAUUUUGUAUGAUAAUGCCAAAAAAUGUUCAUUUAUUAUGCCUCCCUUCGAAGAAGAGGGGGUAUAUUGCUUUGCUCAUGUCGGUCUGUCGGUUGGUCUGUCGGUCAGUCCGUCCACCAGGUGGUUGUCAGACGAUAACUCAAGAACGCUAAGGCCUAGGAUCAUGAAACUUCAUAGGUACAUUGAUCAUGACUCACAGAUGACCCCUAUUGAUUUUGAGGUCACUAGGUCAAAGGUCAAGGUCACUGUGACCCGAAAUAGUAAAAUGGUUUCCGGAUGAUUAUUCAAGAACGCUUAUGCCUAGGAUCAUGAAACUUCAUGGGUAGAUUGAUCAUGACUAGCAGAUGACCCCAAUUGAUUUUGAGGUCACUAGGUCAAAGGUCAAGGUCACGGUUACCCGAAAUAGUAAAAUGGUUUCCGGAUAAUUCAAGAACCCUUAUGCCUAGGAUCAUGAAACUUGAUAGGUAGAUUGAUCAUGACUAGCAGAUGACCCCUAUUGAUUUUCAGGUCACUAGGUCAACGGUCAAGGUCACGGUGACCCGAAAUAGUAAAAUGGUUUCCGGUUGAUAACUCAAGAACGCUUAUGCCUAGGAUCAUGAAACUUCAAAGGUACAUUGAUCAUGACUGGCAGAUGACCCCUAUUGAUUUUCAGGUCACUAGGUCAAAGGUCAAGGUCACAGUGACCCGAAAUAGUAAAAUGGUUUCCUGAUGAUAACUCAGGAAAGCUUAUAGCUAGGAUCAUGAAACUUCAUAGGUACAUUGAUCAUGACUCGCAGAUGACCCCUAUUGAUUUUCAGGUCACUAGAUCAAAGGUCAAGGUCACAGUGGCAAAAAACAUAUUUACAAAAUGGCUGUCACUACAACUUAGAGCCCAUAUGGGGGGCAUGCAUGUUUUACAAACAGCCCUUGUUUACACACUGGUGUUAUGGUUUUAGUACUUGUCAGCCAGUAUAGCAUUAAUACUUUUUUUAAUCUUUACAAACCAGAUAACUUUGUAUUAUUUGGGUGGAUAUUUUUAAAACGCUUAUGUGUUUAGAAUGUGUGUGUUAAUAUACAUGUAUUAAUAAAAUGUUACAGAAUG